AUGACGAAGGUGUACGAGACUGUAUCGUCAAUCAGAGCGCCAGAAGCCUGGUCAUUCUUACCGAAAGCGAACACCAAACAAGAAAAGGCCAAUCGUAGAGAGCAAGUUAGAAAUUUCGUUGUAAAAACGCUCAACAAGGGACCUCAAGGCCUAGUAUCAGAUUUCCGACAAUUGAAAAGAGUGAAUGACUUUUCAAAGAUGACAGAAUUUGUGGCACAGACUGCAUCUGGAAAAAAUCGUUACAAGGAUGUGGGUUGUCUCGACAACAAUCGUGUUGUACUCACAAUUGGUUCAUGUUCAUAUAUCCAUGCGAACUAUGCUCCUCUCCCCUCAACAUGUGAAGAUUUCUGGUGUAUGGUUGUACAGGAGGAAGCCGAAGUGAUACUUAUGCUCUGCAAUUUCAUUGAGCAGGCAAGUGCCACUUGA